CUGUCCGAAGUUGUGACGGUACACAUGCCAAGUAAAUGAGUUUUUUCUCUGACGGGAGUUUCUACAAGGAUAUAAAAGUAAUAUGAAUUGUGUGUAUUUCAAGAUUUUUCCUGUCAUCCGAGGCUCCCAAUAUCCCUUUUGGAGGCAAGAAAGCCGGGUUUUGAUCAGGCGCGCGCCGCGGGCAGCUCUACUUCAGCCGGGUCUUCGGCGGCCGCGGGAAGACCCAAGAGUCCCUGGAAGCGCAAGAUGGCGACGGCGGCUGCAACCUCGGUUUCAGAACCGGAGGCUGAGUCCAAGGCUGCGCCCAAGGCUGAGGGAGAGGAGGAUGAAGUUAAGGCGGCUAGGACGAGGAGGAAGGUGCUAUCGCGGGCUGUGACUGCUGCGACGUACAAGACCAUAGGGCCAGAGUGGGAUCCGCAGGAGGAAGGCGUGAGCGAGAGUGAUGGGGAUGAUGAGGAGUACGGCAUGGCAUCCUCCGGCGAGAGCUCCCCCGGGGAGUACGAGUGGGAGUACGACGAAGAGGAGGAGAAGAACCAGAUAGAGAUCGAGAGGCUGGAGGAACAGCUGUCUAUCAACAUCUAUGACUACAACUGCCACGUGGACCUGAUCCGGCUGCUGCGGCUGGAAGGGGAGCUCACCAAGGUGAGGAUGGCCCGCCAGAAGAUGAGCGAGAUCUUUCCCUUGACUGAAGAGCUCUGGCUGGAGUGGCUGCACGACGAGAUCAGCAUGGCCCAGGACGGCCUGGACAGGGAGCACGUGUACAGCCUCUUCGAGAAAGCUGUGAAGGAUUACAUUUGUCCUAACAUUUGGCUAGAGUAUGGCCAGUACUCAGUUGGUGGGAUUGGUCAGAAAGGUGGCCUGGAGAAAGUUCGCUCUGUGUUUGAGAGGGCCCUGUCAUCCGUCGGUUUGCACAUGACCAAAGGACUCGCCAUCUGGGAGGCUUACCGAGAGUUUGAAAGUGCGAUCGUGGAAGCUGCUCGGCCCAUAGCUGGCUUCCUUUCCCCUUUUGACCGGGAACAAACCUUUGAUUCACAGCUUGAGAAAGUCCACAGUCUCUUCCGGCGACAGUUGGCGAUCCCACUUUAUGAUAUGGAGGCCACGUUUGCAGAGUAUGAGGAAUGGUCAGAAGACCCAAUACCAGAGUCUGUAAUUCAGAACUAUAACAAAGCACUGCAGCAGUUGGAGAAAUACAAACCCUAUGAAGAAGCGCUGCUGCAAGCAGAGGCACCCAGGCUGGCGGAAUACCAAGCAUAUAUUGAUUUUGAGAUGAAAAUGGGCGAUCCCGCUCGCGUUCAGCUGAUCUUUGAGCGUGCCCUGGUCGAGAACUGCCUUGUUCCAGACUUGUGGAUCCGUUACAGUCAGUACCUAGAUAGGCAGCUGAAAGUGAAGGAUUUGGUUUUAUCUGUUCAUAACCGCGCCGUUAGAAACUGCCCCUGGACGGUUGCCCUGUGGAGUCGGUGCCUCUUGGCCAUGGAGAGACACGGAGUUGAUCAUCGAGUGAUUUCUGUAACGUUUGAGAAAGCUUUGAAUGCUGGCUUCAUCCAGGCCACUGACUAUGUGGAGAUUUGGCAGGCGUACCUUGAUUACCUGAGGAGAAGGGUGGAUUUCAAACAAGACUCCAGUAAAGAGCUGGAGGAGUUGAGGGCCACAUUCACUCGUGCUUUGGAGUAUCUGAAACAGGAGGUAGAAGAGCGUUUCAAUGAGAGUGGUGAUCCAAGCUGCAUGAUCAUGCAGAACUGGGCUAGGAUUGAGGCUCGACUGUGCAAUAAUAUGCAGAAAGCUCGGGAACUCUGGGAUAGCAUCAUGACCAAAGGCAAUGCCAAGUAUGCCAACAUGUGGCUUGAGUAUUACAACCUGGAAAGGGCACAUGGCGACACGCAGCACUGCCGGAAGGCUCUGCACCGGGCCGUCCAGUGCACCAGUGACUACCCGGAGCACGUCUGCGAAGUGUUGCUCACCAUGGAGAGGACGGAAGGUACUUUAGAAGAUUGGGAUCUAGCUGUCCAGAAAACGGAAACUCGAUUAGCUCGUGUUAACGAGCAGAGAAUGAAGGCUGCAGAGAAGGAAGCUGCCCUCGUGCAGCAGGAAGAAGAAAAGGCUGAGCAGCGCAAGCGGAGCCGGGCCGAGAAGAAAGCGCUGAAAAAGAAGAGGAAGACCAGAGGCGCAGAUAAGCACCAAGCGGAUGAGGACGAUAAGGAGUGGGGCGACGAUGAAGAAGAGCAGCCUUCCAAACGCAGAAGGGUUGAGAACAGCGUCCCUCCCUCCGGAGCCACGGAAGUGGAGAUAGGGCCUGCUGAGAGACACGUGUCCUUUGAUGUCGACCCCCCUUCCAAGCAGAAGGAGAAGGUGGCCACCCUGAAGAGGGACGUGCCCAAGGUGCCCCACGACAGCAGUAAGGACAGCAUCACGGUGUUUGUCAGCAACCUGCCCUACAGCAUGGGAGAGCCUGACGCCAAGCUCAGGCCGCUCUUUGAGGCCUGCGGGGAGGUGGCUGAGAUCCGCCCCAUCUUCAGCAACCGUGGGGACUUCCGAGGCUACUGCUACGUGGAGUUCAAAGAUGAGAAAUCGGCCCUUCAAGCCCUGGAGUUGGACCGGAAGACUGUAGAAGGGAGGCCAAUGUUUGUCUCCCCCUGUGUGGAUAAGAGCAGAAACCCUGAUUUUAAGGUGUUCAGAUACAGCACUGCCCUGGAGAAACACAAGCUGUUCGUCUCAGGCCUGCCUUUCUCCUGCACUAAAGAGGAACUAGAGGAAAUCUGCAAGGCUCAUGGCACCGUGAAGGACCUCAGGCUGGUCACCAACCGGGCCGGCAAACCCAAGGGCCUGGCCUACGUGGAGUACGAGAAUGAGUCCCAGGCGUCGCAGGCCGUGAUGAAGAUGGAUGGCAUGACUAUCAAAGAGAACGUCAUCAAAGUGGCCAUCAGCAAUCCCCCUCAGAGGAAAGUUCCAGAGAAGCCAGAGGCGAGGAAAGCACUAGGUGGCCCCAUGAUGCCGCGGCAGAUAUUUGGAGCGCGGGGGAAGGGGAGGACCCAGCUGUCUCUGCUGCCUCGCGCCCUGCAGCGCCCGAGCGCCACUCCUCAGGCCGAGAACGGCCCUGCCCCGAGCCCAGCAGUCACCACCUCACAGGCCACCGAGGUGCCCAAGAUGUCCAACGCUGAUUUUGCCAAGUUGCUUCUGAGAAAGUGAACAGGACUCUGGGAGAGACAGGAGAUGCCUUACUUCAUGCUGGCGCGGCAGACCACGCGCCACACAGCGGAGCGCUGGGGACAGCCGGGCUGGUGCGGCGCCCACUCGCCACCACCACCUUCCCUCUGGUUUGGACAGGAAGGGGAAGGGUGUUCCAAGUAAAGGCUUUCGUGCUCCCUCAUAUUGAGGGCAAUAGAGGAAAAUGAUCACUACAGGGGGCCCAGGACAUAGUGUCCUAAGAUACUUUUGUGUCUUAAAGGAUGAGGAGCAGAAGUGAAACCGGAACACGCGGUGUUUGAGACCCACUUGUCCUAACGUUUUUGGCCAGCUCUGGCCCCUUUUUAUAAGACACUUCUCCCACACCCUCCACAGCACAUGUGCCCACCACUCUUUUAAUUUUAAAAGAUGAAAGGCAGAGAUGCCAGUAGUUCACCAGAAUGGCCUAUGGGGAGGGGGUGAGGGAGGAGAAAUCUCAUAAAAAACAUGUGAUGGAUUUUUGUUCAGAGGAGCUGUGCAUUUUUUAUAUUAUGUAUUUGUAAAUGACAUGUCGAGCUGUUUUGUUUUCCUAAAAGCGAAAUGUUUGUGACAUUUGUUUUCUAUAGAAAUCCUGUGUGCCACCUGCUGCGGACCAUUUUCUUUGCCUAGUGACCAGUGACCUGUGUUCUUUGUCUAAACAUUGAGUUCCGGCCCUUGGGUUUUGUUCCAAUGCCAUGUCGAGUCAGACUUCAGUUCUCCCCACUUAGCUUUGUUUGUUAAACUGAAGUUCUCUUAGAAACUUCUUGACAAAUGGUACUCAGAUGUGCAUUCACAUAUGGAUGUAUUUUGAAGUGGGUGUACUUUGCUUUACCUAAUAGAUGUCUAAAUAGAGCUUUUGUAAGUCAAAUUCCAUUGUCACUUUGAUUUAAAUUAUUUCAGCUGUGAUGUGUCUUCAGUUUUAAACUUUGGUUUACAGCAGUUUGACACUAGCUUUUAAGCUUUUUUUUACCUCUCCUCUUAUCAAACAUUUAUCGCUUUGAAAGCAGCGUUGCCAGUUCGGCAGGGGAAGCUUACUUUAUGAAAAACACUGGAGGAAGACAUAAGGGAAUCCUUUUAUAUGUCAUGAGGGUCAGCUCCUCAUUUAUCUGUUGUAAGUUUGAGAUUUUGUGCAUCAGGCUUUUGUGCAUUUUUUUUUAACUUUUUUUAAUUGGAAAAUUUUAAACUGAUAAAAACGUAGAGUAGAAAAGAGUAAAAUAAACUCCUUUGUGCCUACCACUGAGCAGUCGGCAUUCCUCAGCCCACAGCCCUUCCUCCACUGCUGUCUCUAACUCCCUCUUGUGGGACAUUGAGGGAGGCAUAUCCCAGACAGCGUCGCGCUCAUCCAGGAAUGUAGCUUGUGUCUCGAAAAGAGGACUUAAAAGCCAUAGUUUUAUCAUCAUCCCUAGAAACAUUAGCAAUAAUACCUUAAUGUCAUCAACCAUCCAGAUUUCCAAUUUCCUAUUCAAUAAAUGUCACUUUUCCUCCCUGUAAAUUAUCAUAGGUUGGUAGGCCUCUUAAGUCUUUUAAAAUGUAGAUUUUUCUCCAUUUUUUUUUUUUAACACAAAAUUCCCAACUCUUUUAGUAGGCAUUACUUCUGAAAUUCAAGCAGCGGCCAUCAGCAGCAGGAAGAACCUAAGCUAUGACACUUGAGUUCCCCCUGUGGCGUUCUCUGCCAUGCCGCUCUGAUGCCUGUUUAGUUGGUGACAUGGCUUGGGGAGCUCAGAGGGAGCCCCAAUGGUCGGGGACCCGACACUUGAAGAGCCACAGUUUCCUGGCUUCAGGCUAACGUGGCUUUAGUUUCUGCUGCUGGUUGUCUUGCCUUUGGCCAACACUCUGACCUAACUCAUACUCCCGGAUGUCAGCACAGGCUUGUCACAGCGGUCAACCUUUUCAGACCUGAGCAGUCUGAACCAGUUUUGGUUCACGGUGUUCACUGUUCUAGAAAUGGAUUUUUAGGAACAUGAGUGUUUUCCUGAGAAAAUCCAGAACCAAGGGUAAAUAGAAACAUGAAAGACCUCUUCGGUUACUUGAGUCUCAGUAAAAAUCAGUAAUUCAUCCUUGUCAGCCUAGGACGGCACUUUGAUACAACUAGUUCUGUCUCGUUUGCCUGUUGAAACUGCCAUCGUGGAUGUUUUUCUCCCAGAACAGUUUAAAGAACUGGGCUGGAGUUCAGAACCCUCCCGUCAUCCUAUGACAAACAGGAACAUCUUUCAAAUAAGACGGCAAUGUCUCAGAUGCUUAUGUAAUAAAAUACUUUAUUAGAAUCA